AUCCCGGCCCAUCCCGGCUCUCCCCGGGCACGUCGCAGCUCCCGGCCCGGCUGCAGCGCAGGCAGCAGGAUGACGCUGUGGGAUGGCUCCUACCCCUUCUACCCUGGAGCCACUGCCUGCUUCCCCUUUGACACCACCCGGGCUGUCAUUGUCACCACAUUCCUCUCCAUGCUGCUCACCUUCAUCAUCAUCCUGCCGGGGAUCCGGGGCAGGGGGCGACUCUUCUGGUUCCUGCGGCUGGUGUUGGGACUCUUCAUGGGAGCAGUGAUCCUCACUGUCCAGUUCACCAGGGACUGGGAGACUGGCUGGGUGCAGGCAAACACCUCCUACAAGUCCUUCAGCGCUGCCCAGGUGAACGCGGACAUCGGGCUGCACAUCGGCCUGGCAGGGGUGAACAUCACGCUCAGGGGAAACCCAGUGAAGCAGAUCAACGAGACCAUCGACUACAACGAGCACUUUCCCUGGAACUUUGGAGCGGAUUAUGAGCACAGCUACAGCGAGGGGCUGGAGAAGGGGCUGCCCAGCCCCAUCCUCUACGUGGCAGAGAAGUUCAUCAGGCAGAGCCCCUGUGCCGUGCACAGGCAGUACCGCAUCGCCGGCCACUACGUGUCCCUCACCCUGUGGAACCUCCAGAGAUUUCUACUCCAGUCCCACACCCAGAGCGGGGUUGAUGCCAAAGCCAUACCAAGGCUGGCCUUUUGCACGUGGCUCAUUUCCAUCAUGCUCUUCUCCAUGUCCAUCCUGCUCUAUGGUGGCCACAUGCUUCUGGUCACAGCCACUCUGAUCCUCCUCUCACUGCUCUUCUUCUCCACCGCAAGAAACACCCUCAAGUGCCCCAUCCAGUUCGGCCCAGCUUCCUUGAGGACGGACUAUGGUGAAUCCUUUUGGUUGACAUUAGCAGCAGGGCUGCUGUGCCUGCUCCUGGGGCUGGCCAUCGUCAUCCUCAACUCCCUGCAGCCAGAGAAGCUGAAGCUCAUCUUCAGCCUGGACAAGAGCAGGGAAGAGGAGGUGUGGGACAGGUCCUGCCUGGCAGCUGAGCCCAGCUGCUCUGUGCAGGAUGGGCUGAUGGUGCCCCUGGGUGAGCUCUGCCAUGUGAGCUCAGCCACCCCGCUCUGAGGCACAGGGCACGCAGAGCCAGGGCUGGACAUGCUGCUCCUGAACCCACCAAAUCCAUCAGGAGCCCAGCUGGGAAGGUUGUGACCAGAACCAAGUGAUGAGAAUAUCCACAUCUGAAAAGGUGUCUCAAACACAAUAGUUGACUUUCCUUUUUUUUUUUUCUGUUUUACUGCCUUUCCCCCUGGUCCAUCCCAACAAACCCUGAGCCCUCCCCAGGAUACAGAGAUUAAAUCAGAACAAGAUGGGGAGAAAGCAAGCAACUGAAGGCCCAUAGAUAUGAACCAAAGGAGAAGUAGAGCCCACAACAGCCCCCUCACCCUGAGGACCACCCAAAAAGUCCCCUUGCCUUGGAUACUGUUCCCAUCAGCAGUCAGGAAGUGCAGAUGGAGCUGCUCCCCAGGGUGAAGAGCACCAUGGCAAAUAGGAACACAGUUUAGUAGGAUGCUGGAAGUACCAGGAGGGAGGGAAGGAGAGGAAGAGGUGGGAAAGGAGGUACAGCAGUGUCUUGGAGAUCAGAUGUAACCAAUUAGGGAGAGGGGAGCAGCACCUCCAGUCUGGGUUCCUCCUGCUCAGCUGUGGAAAUACACAUGUCAGGGGCAGGAGACAUUGAAAUUCUGCCCAAGGCAGCAGGACCCCUGCCCACACAGGCAGAGAGGGUGCACACUUCAGCUUUACAUCCCUCUGCCUCUCUGAGGGUUUCACAACAUUUUCUUUCUGUUUUGUGCUCACGUAUUUCCCUCUCUAUCUCAAUAAAAUAAGUUUGCCUUGCCCUUUCA